GGGCUCAUUCGCUCUUUCUGUCAAUCCGGCACUCCUGGAGGGGGUGAAAAAGAGAGACGCGGGGGUCAUUCUGAAUUUUAUAACACAAGAGUGCGGACAGCAACACCAAAAAAAACAUCACCGGCACGGAUAGACGUCCAGAGGUCCUUCCUCUCAUCUUAAAGUUCCUUCCUUCCAGCCAGGAUGGAGGACGCACACACCAAGUCCCCGGCCGAUGUUCUGGCCGGGUUCGGCGUAAGUGAGGCCACCGGUCUCACCCCCGACCAGUUCAAGAAGCAGCUCGAGAAGCAUGGCUACAAUGAGCUUCCCGCUGAGGAGGGAAAGUCCAUCUAUGAGCUGAUCAUUGAGCAGUUUGAGGAUCUGUUGGUCAGGAUCCUGCUGCUGGCUGCUUGCAUUUCCUUUGUGCUGGCCUGGUUUGAAGAAGGUGAGGAGACCGUUACUGCUUUCGUUGAGCCCUUUGUCAUCCUGCUCAUUCUUAUUGCCAAUGCCGUCGUUGGUGUGUGGCAGGAGCGUAAUGCCGAGAGCGCCAUCGAGGCUCUGAAGGAGUACGAGCCUGAGAUGGGCAAAGUCUACCGUGCCGACAGGAAGAGCGUCAUGAUGGUCAAGGCCCGCGAGAUCGUCCCCGGUGACAUCGUCGAGGUGUCCGUUGGUGACAAAGUCCCCGCUGACAUCAGGAUCAUCUCCAUCAAGUCCACCACCCUCCGUGUUGACCAGUCCAUCCUCACUGGUGAGUCCGUGAGUGUGAUCAAGCACACCGAUGCCGUGCCCGACCCCAGAGCCGUCAACCAGGACAAGAAGAACAUGCUGUUCUCCGGUACCAAUAUCGCCGCUGGCAAAGCCAUUGGCAUCUGCACCGCCACCAGCGUCUCCACUGAGAUUGGUAAGAUCCGUGACCAGAUGGCCGCCACUGAACAGGAGAAGACCCCCCUGCAGGCGAAGCUGGAUGAGUUCGGCGAGCAGCUCUCCAAGGUUAUCACUCUUAUCUGCAUUGCUGUCUGGGCCAUCAACAUUGGCCACUUCAACGACCCCAUCCACGGAGGCUCCUGGAUCCGCGGUGCCGUCUACUACUUCAAGAUCGCCGUUGCCCUGGCUGUGGCCGCCAUCCCUGAGGGUCUGCCUGCCGUCAUCACCACCUGCCUGGCUCUGGGUACCCGCCGUAUGGCCAAGAAGAACGCCAUCGUCCGCUCCCUGCCCUCCGUGGAGACCCUGGGCUGCACCUCCGUCAUCUGCUCUGACAAGACCGGCACCCUGACCACCAACCAGAUGUGUGUCACCAAGAUGUUCAUCAUCGAUAGCGUUGACGGCGACCACGUUUCCCUGAGCAAGUUCGACAUCUCUGGCUCCAAGUACACCCCCGAGGGCGAAGUUACCCAGAACGGUGCCAAGGUCAAGUGCGGUUCCCACGAUGGCCUGGUUGAGCUGGCUACCAUCUGCGCUCUGUGCAACGACUCCUCUCUGGAUUACAACGAGUCCAAGGGCAUCUAUGAGAAGGUUGGUGAGGCCACCGAGACUGCCCUGUGCUGCCUGGUUGAGAAGAUGAACGUGUUCAACACCGCCGUCGGCGGCCUGUCCCAGAUUGACAGGGCCAACGCUUGCUGUGGAGUUGUCAAGCAGCUGAUGAAGAAGAACUUCACCCUGGAAUUCUCCCGCGACAGGAAGUCCAUGUCUGUCUACUGCACCCCCGCCAAGGGAGACGGUGGAGCCAAGCAGUUCGUCAAGGGUGCCCCAGAGGGCGUGAUUGACAGGUGUGCCUAUGUGCGCGUCGGAACUACCCGCGUGGCCCUGACCCCUGCCGUCAAGGACAACAUCUUGUCUGUGAUCAAGGAGUGGGGUACCGGCCGCGACACCCUGCGUUGCCUGGCCCUGGCCACCCGUGACUCCCCCCUCAAGGUUGAGGAGAUGAACCUCGAGGAUGCCACCAAGUUUAUCGACUAUGAGACUGACCUGACCUUCGUUGGCUGCGUGGGCAUGCUGGAUCCCCCCCGUAAGGAAGUCAUGGCCUCCAUUGAGGAGUGCAGGAGCGCUGGCAUUCGCGUCGUCAUGAUCACUGGUGACAACAAGGGUACCGCCGUGGCCAUCUGCCGCCGUAUUGGAAUCUUCACUGAGGAUGAGGAUGUGACCGGCAAGGCCUACACUGGCCGCGAGUUCGACGACCUGGGCUCCCACGAGCUCCAGGCCAAGGCUGUCCAGAAGGCUCGCUGCUACGCCCGCGUCGAGCCCGCCCACAAGUCCAAGAUCGUUGAGUUCCUCCAGGGAUUCGAUGAGAUUACUGCCAUGACCGGUGAUGGUGUGAACGAUGCCCCCGCCCUGAAGAAGGCGGAGAUUGGCAUCGCCAUGGGCUCUGGCACUGCCGUUGCCAAGACAGCCUCUGAGAUGGUCCUGGCCGACGACAACUUCUCUUCCAUUGUGGCCGCUGUUGAGGAGGGACGCGCCAUCUACAACAACAUGAAGCAGUUCAUCCGUUACCUCAUCUCCUCCAAUGUCGGUGAGGUCGUCUGUAUCUUCCUGACCGCUGCCCUGGGUCUGCCCGAGGCUCUGAUCCCCGUCCAGCUCCUGUGGGUCAACCUGGUUACUGAUGGUCUGCCCGCCACCGCCCUGGGCUUCAACCCCCCCGACCUGGACAUCAUGGGCAGGCCCCCCCGCUCCCCCAAGGAGCCCCUCAUCUCCAAGUGGCUCUUCUUCAGAUACAUGGUCAUCGGAGGCUAUGUCGGUGCUGCCACUGUUGGUGGUGCUGCUUACUGGUUCCUGUACGACACCGAGGAGGGACCAGGAGUCACAUACCACCAGCUGUCCCACUUCAUGCAGUGCACUGACGACCACGAGGACUUUGAGGGUAUUGAGUGCGACAUCUUCGAGGCCUCUCCCCCCAUGACCAUGGCCCUGUCCGUCCUGGUCACCAUUGAGAUGUUCAACGCCCUCAACAGCUUGUCUGAGAACCAGUCUCUGGUGCGCAUGCCCCCAUGGAGCAACUUCUGGCUGCUGGCCGCCAUGUCCCUGUCCUUCUCCCUCCACUUCAUGAUCAUCUACGUCGACCCUCUGCCCAUGGUCUUCAAGUUGACCCACUUGUCCUUCGAGCAGUGGAUGGUGGUCCUGAAGCUCUCCUUCCCCGUCAUCCUGAUGGAUGAGGUCCUCAAGUUUGUUGCCCGCAACUACGUUGAGGUUUACGAACCUAUCUAACUUCCUGUAACAAAAACAAGUGGGCGUUCUGCUGUGAGCGCGAGAGAGGAAGAGGAGAAGAGAAAAUAAAAGAGAAGACAAGAACAAAGUGGAGAGAAGAGGAGUUUUGAGAGAGGAGAGGAGCUAAGCUACUGAGAGCUUACGAAAGGAGCGGAGGAAAAAAACACUGGAAAAUCUACAAAAAAAAUUCUUUAAAAAUGUCUGUUAAAAUGUACAAAAACAUAAUAUAAAAACAAACUACAAACUCUUAUUGAAAGAUGCUGAAUUAAUAUAUAGGUAAACCCUGCUGCCAAAUUAUAGUUGAGAUGAUGUUGAGAUGAUGGAUUCAUUCUAUUCUUAAAAAUAAUAAUAAAUGUAUUAAAAGAAACAUUUUUUGUUAAACUUGUA